UCACAGGGUACCUGGUGGAGCUGAGCGAGGGAGACCAAUCACAGAGCUGGACUGCUGUGAAUGAAGAGACAAUUGCAGACGCCGUUUUGAAGGUGUCAGGGCUCUAUGCUGGUCAGACCUAUCGUCUCAGAGUGUGUGUCUUCAACAAGGCUAGAAUGGGCAUCCCUUCUCUGCCCUCUGAGUUUAUCAGAGCCCAGAGCCCAGACCCAACCAGGCACCAGAGACAUAGAGAAUGGUGUGGACAAUGAUGGCUUCAUCUUCCUGGCCUUUGAGGCCACUGAAAUUACGGAGAAGAGCACGUUUGUCUGGAGCAAAAACUACAAAGAGGCUAUUGAAGCUGGGAGAGCCAAAGUACUGUGGGAGAACAAUAGGCCCAUCCUCACCUUCACAAACGCCACUAAAGAGGACCUGGGCCUGUACACAGUGGAGAUGAGUGACAACCCAGACAUCUCUUCCAGUUUCACCUUCACUGGGGAAGGCACUUUAUACUCAAAGUGAAAGACGACCUGCACAAAAGAUUGCUGCUCCCUGUAAUUCCCCCUCUCUCUCUUUUCCCAUAGAUCUGGAGAGACUGACCGAGCUUGGCUGGCACAUCUGCCACCCAUGUAAGACUUAGUCUCUGUAAUCAUACAAGUCUCUAUCGAGCUAAAACAAUCGAUAGUACUCCGUUUCAAAUCGAAACAGGCAUUACGAUACAUUGUUCAACACCACAAUUUCAACAACCUAUUCACUCAGAUGUUUUCUUGGUGCUAGCCUUGCGCUCCAAGUGGCAGGUGGAGGUGUCAGAUAAAGGGAACGUGAGACUCUGGAUGCAGACUGAGAGCCUGAGCAACGCUGCAGAGCUCCGCCUCAUUCUCAGCGACAGAGAGAUCUCUGGUGCUGCAGUAAAGGAGCACUUCAAAACCCAGGCUAUGUGUUCUAAUCUCAGAACCCAGAACUAAAUAGUGUGUGUACUAGUCUGUCAGGAGAGUGUGUAUGUCUCAAAUGAAUACUAAAACUAGCUUGGGUGUCAGAAUGUUCCUGCUUAAGUCAAUGGUGCAGUAAUGUAUGAAUAGGAAGACAAUGACAAGUUGGCUGAAACAGAAACAGACUGGUCCAGGCAAGUUAUAGCUUGUCUCCCAGAGGUGUGCAUAAAGCAUAAGCUACUGCAUUUUGCAUACACACAUUUUUGGGGGAAUAUAUGCAGAUGAUUGUGUUUCCGAAUCCAUUUCCAUUUCCAGUGAAAUCCAGUGAAAUGUAGAUGUGCCACAAAAUAGCUAAAUGUUUUAUAUUUUCUCAUUCAAGUUUGCAUUAGUAAGAGGUAUUGGCUGUAUAGAAAGAGAAAGUAAUCACAAAACAAUCACAAUCCAAAAAUGUUACCCUCGCCAUCAUAUUUGCAAUUUCAUUUAAACACAAAUCACCUUCAUAAAGAUUUUCACCAGAAUGUACGUAGCAAUAUGAUAGCAAUGUUGAUUUGCUAUGAAAUCAACCUCAAAAAUAACCACAGGUUGGAAGAUUACUGUCGGCAGAGGUUGUUGCAACAGAUGUGGAUUUUCCAUGGGCUUAAACUAAUAUUACCCAACAUGCAUGUUUUUGGACUCAGUGUCUUGCAUGUGGUUACUCGGUAUGGAAUAGCAUGAUUGCAUCCAUGCACGUUUGUAUACGUGUACGUCAACACUGCUAAGGGUUUAUUACUAAAUGACUACAGACAAGGAUUUUGUGAAUAAACCAAUCCCCAUUUCCCUCAUUUUAGAACCCUUGCCAAGUCACACUGUGAGUUAUGCGUGCCUGCGUGUGUGUCCACAUGUAUGUACAUUCAUGUGCUUGUGUGUGUCCUCUCUCUCUCUCUCUCUCUCUCGGCCUGUAAGAUUAACUUUGACAAGGCCAGUGGGCUGAUAGAGAUCCUGUUUGACCAGCUGUCUAUGGAGGACGACGGCCCCUACACAGCUCAGCUCUGCGACGGCCGCGCCAAGAACCAGUUCGCCCUGGUGCUCGUGGACGAGAGUGAGUCCAUCUUGUCACCCCAACUCACUGCCGGGAUGUUCAUACUAAGGAACCGAGCUGAGCUAAACCAAGCCGUGAUGAGCUGGCCUAUUUUCGCAUCCUCCGUAGCUGCUGGAAGUGAGUUUAGUCAGACACUGGCUCAGUCCAUAGCCGACAGAAUGGACUACAAGAGAAAGUCAGGACCCUAUUUUCUGGAGUUUUUGUCAUGGACCGUGACAGAGGACUGUGAGUUUAUAACCAAAUGCAAGGUGACCAACGUAAGCAAGGAUACGACUCUGAAGUGGUUCCAGGACGGCGUGGAGACUCCAACUGUGUAUGACCAGCAGACUGGAGUCAGCACCAUGACUGUGCAACAGGUGACUAAGGAGGCAGGCCACUACAAAGCUGUGGCGUCUGAUGGUGGAGGACAGGAUGUGAGCACACUGGAGUUACUACAUGAAGAGUAUGACAAGCUCUUCCAACUCCUGAGCAAACAGUGGGACGGGGGGUCUUUCCGGGCAGGAUGACGAUGAUGAGCUGCAGUCCAGUACUGAAACAUGAGUGACUUCUCAAGCAUUCUAUGGACAGUUUUUGGAUGGGGACAACUUAAGAUGAAGUCUUAUCCUGACUACAGCGCUGUCUACAGGCCCAGUGAGGAUUCAAUGCACUGCUAUGGGCUUCAAGCUCUACUGCUCUCUCAAGUACUAUAUCAGCUACAUGAAGACCAGCUGGCACUUCAAGGAGAGUAGGAUUGACCAGUUGGAGAGGUGUACGCCUGGCAGCAGUAUGCAGAAGCUGUGGGUCGAGGUCUUUGCGCCCACGGAGAACGAUAAGGGGAAGUACACUCUGGAUAUGUUUGAUGGUCAAGAAAAGCACACUCGCUCCCUCGACCUGUCUGGACAAGGAUAGUCUGACCGGUCUGAUUCACUCAAAAAGCACUAUUGUCUCAAAGCAGUUAAGCGAAAUAGGCGUCAUACAGGGAUUUUACUGCUUCAGAUUCAUGUCAAUGUCUUCACCACUAGAAUGUAAACCUCAGAAUCUGACUAUUAUUACUCAAAUAUAAUUUAAUUUGUCUGCAAUCUUGAUCUACAUUCGUAUCUUCCAAGACAGGCAGUUGGUGAAUAUUACAUUCUUCCGAAAUACAUUUCAGUAAUCUAUAUUUAAUUAUCACUAUCUUUAAAAGCCUUUGCUGAUGCUCUGUUGGAAUACCAGAGGUUGAAGUAAGUGCGUUACCAUAUUGAUGGUGAGCGCCCAGCAUAGCUUGCAGUGGUAAACACUAACACAAACAAUUGCAGGUACUAUUUUCUAUCACUAUUCUCACAUGGACAAACAGAAAACUGUUCUAUAUUCAAUAUUAAUGAGUUGACAUAUAGUAUGGUGAUGGAUCUGAAACCAUUUGCAAAUGGUUGCUGAGCGCUUGCUGAGAAAAGUGAGUAGCAUACUCUUUCAUUGUUUCUUAAUUGUUUAAUUUUCUGUACACUGGAAUGAUUGAAUGAGCUUACUAUGGAUGAUUCAGGGGAGUAAAUGUCCUUCUCGUUGCUUUAGAUCGGGCCAGGGUGACCAAGGGGCUACCAGAUGUGGUGGCUAUCAUGGAGAAUAAAUCUCUGUGCUUGACCUGCUUAGCUGACGGUGAACCUGCCUCAGAGAUGUUCUGGCUGAGGAACGACAAAGGCAUCGUCUCAGGGGGCCAGUUCAACAUCGCCAACGAGAACAAGUGCAGCACUAUGACCCUCAACAGUGUGACUUGCGAGGAAUCAGGCAACUACAGCAUCUUUGUGCGCAACCAGUACGGCACUCAGACGGUCAACGUGACGGUGAGCGUGUACAAGCAUGGCGAGAAGCCCCCGCGCAUGAUGCAGUGGAGAUGUAACGAAGGAAGGAGUGUUGGUUUUGUUGCACUAAGAGACGAUUACAACUGGGUACAGAUGUCAAUUCAAUGUCAUUUCCACGCUGGUUCCACAUGACAUGAAAACAACGUUGAUUCAACCAGUGUGUGCCCAUUGGGAUGUGUUUGUGUGGUUGAGACAGUUUGUUUUCAUGGGGUUAAAUUGGAGUUAAUGGGGAGUGAAAUGCUAGAAGCGGUUAAUUUGCGUCAUUGGGAUGUAAAGCAAUGACUAAGAAGUUACUUGUGCUAGACGGAAUGCGGUCAAUUAGGACAAUGUGAGGUCCAGUCAAAACUGCAACAACCUGUUUUCUUGUGUCAUUAGACUACCAAUAAAUAUCCCAAGAGUGUCAGCUACAA